AGAUGAUUCUGAUUAGUCUCUGAGCCCUACUGUGUUCAGUCCUGGGCACACACUGUGGGUUCGAGGUCUUCUAAGAUUCACGGACCUCGUAAAAAGCAUCGCCUUAGAUGUGGGUCCCUUAAUAGAAGAUGGACAGCUUUAUCUUUUCGCAUCCUUACAGCCUACGAAAAAGCUUUCGAGAGACUGGGGUUCUUUCUUGCUCGCAGACCAUGGAUUGUUCUUUUGGUGUCGCUCAUAGUUGUUUUUGCGAGCUGUCUGGGAUUCAUCCGUCUCCGUUUUGAGCAGCCCUCCGUUGAACGUUUCACCGCCACCGAUAGCCAAUCCAGGGAAGACUUGCAUCAUGCAGCACAGUUCUUUCCUCUUCUUCAAGCGCGCCUAGAACAGAUCAUCAUGGUCCCUAAACAUGGUCACAAUAUCCUCAGUGAAGAUUGCUUGAAUGACGCCAUUCUUGUCCACCAGACCAUAGUAAACAUCAGUGGCUACAGUGAAAUAUGCUCUCGCCAAUUGCUUUCAAACGCCCAGCAAAAACCAUCCAAUCAUGGCUGUAUCAUUAGCAGUCCUCUUGAAUUAGCUGGUACUCAAUUUGAAGACUUGAAGAACCUUUCCACCAUUCUGGCUCGUGAGUUUCUCCAUCCAACAGUUGCUCUCUCUUCUGGACAAACAUUCAGUUCUUCCCACAAGCGUAUGUUGAGUAAUUUUCGUGUUCAUCACAAGACAGAUCCACCGACUGCUGGGGCGGACGCUCUUCGAGUCAUUUACUUCAUCAGAGAAACAACCAGUGAACAUAAACCAAAUAUUAUUCACUUUGAAGCGUCAUUUGAGAGUCUCCUGUCAUCGAUUGGUCGUCGCCUGAGAUGCUCGUCACUCUUCUAUAAGACUCAGAAAUCUACAACUGAUGCUUUGCAAAGCAUCCUGAAACCUGAAGUGAAAUCACUUUGUCUGUCGGCUUUGGCAAUGGCUAUUCUUGUUUUCAUUGUCUUGUACUUUUCCUCUGAUAAUCCCAGUUGCCUAACAACAGUUCUACUGCUGAUUUUAUCUAUUCUGUUUCCAAUGACCUGUUCUGCAGGUAUUAUCUCAGUGAUCAACACAUCCCUUUUCCCGACUAUCUUGUUUAUUCCCUUUUUGCUUUUGGGAAAAGCAACCUCUGACGUAGUCCUUUUCCUGGUAGAAUGGGAACGGCAAAAGGCGACGACAUCACUUGAACAUCGAGUUAGUUGCUGUGUUAACAGAGCGGGAUUCCCCGUUGUCUUGUCGGCGUUAUGUGGGACAAUUCUCUCUGGAAUUGCAAUUUAUUCGUCCUUUGAUGUUAUUUCGGAUUUCUUCAAGGCGGUUCUGGUCACCAUUGUGCUAGUCUCGGCCGCAUCGUUUACAAUAACAGUAAAUUUGUUGAUGCAUUUCGAGAAGAAGGCAAAGGAACGUAACACGUGUAGUGCAGGAUCCUGUAAAAGAAGAUCGCCGAUUGCUAGUGCUGGUAGCUUCGACCAAGGACUCAUGCAACGCCUAAACGAUAGACUGCAACAAAUAUUAAGGAGACUUACAUGGAUGAUAACGUCACUUGGUGGAAAAGUUCUCUCACUUUUUAUACUUGUGUGCAUCAUAAGUUUGUGUGUGUUGUCUGCUUUACAACCCAGUGACCGAACGAGCAAAAUCGAGUCACUUUUUCAAAAUGACAAUUUCCAGCAAUUCAGAGAAGCACAACAGACGUACUUUGGCAACGAGGCUGAUUCGAGUGUCGUUUUCUUAGAGAAAAUUGAUUAUUCAAAGCAAAUAGUACAAAAUCAAAUUACAAACAUUUGCACAAAACUGCAAAAGGCUUCUUACAGAGGGGGGAAGUUGUUGUGUUGGACGGCAGCGUUGCGACAGUGGGCACUGGAUAGGAACAUGACGUGCUCGGACUCUGAAUUCUACCGGUGUUUAGAACGUUUUCUUCGUGUUUCCCAAAACUUUCCAUUUCGACACGAUUUACGUUUUGGAGGUGAAAAUCACCGAGUUAAAAUUCUGGCGUCUCGAAUUCAGCUGAAGAUGAAAGUACAAAAUCAAUUGCGAGAGGACAGAGGAUCACUAGAGAAAUUGAGGAAAGACUUACUCAAACAAUCACCCCUGAAAACUGUACCAGUAUGUGAAGAAUUUGUUGAUAUCGAUGACGUGUUUUUGUUGGAGAGAGAAGCAAUCUUCAUAGUUUUCAUAACUGCCACUUGUGUAGUGUUUGUUAUCUCCCUGUUUUCAAACGCAAAUCUCGGGAUUAGCAUCUUCCUGGCUGUAACAUUUGAUUUCCUCGUAUUGGAGGCAUCAGCUAUUAUGGAAGCGAGUGAAAUUCAUCUCAACCACAUAUCCUUUAUCUCCCUGGUUAUGACGAUUAUCGUGUCCCUGAAUUUCAGCAUUCAGGUUGCCCAUUCAUUCGUUUUCUCAGCAAAGCAAAAAGUAAGAGUGCGCAUGGCUGAGACCCUAUGUUCCGUUGGGUGGUCUGCGGUAACUGCAGCGUCAAUGACUGCAUCUGGGUCAGUUUCACUAGGGUUUAUUUAUCCAAGUCUAGUAGAAGUUUUCCAUCGACUUGUCCCUUUGCUGCUUGGUCUAGGACUGAUCCACGCUCUAUUUAUUUUGCCGACGAUCAUCGUGUUAUUCUCCGAGUUUGUACAUAGUUUUGACUCCCAGAAUGACUUGAAUGUAGUAUCUACCCAGAAGAAACAAAAUGACGGAAUAUCUUUGCAAGUACGAGAAAGCGACACACGGCAACUCACCUCUAAACGCCCUGGCAUUUCCAUCGUUGGUAUCAGCUGCAGGUUUCCUGGAGCCAGUAGUAAGGAUCAAUUUUGGCAUUUACUCGAACAAGGAAAAAGUUCAAAUAGUCCAUACCCCAAGAACAGACCUGAACAACAUAAAACAUUCUCUGAGCUCUAUAAUCCUAAGCGGUAUGUUGUCGGACGCCACUGUGUUGUAAACGGGUCCUAUUUAGAAGAAAUAAAAGGCUUUGACAACAAGUUCUUUGGCAUUUCCAGUCAAGAAGCCCGCGGCAUGGAUCCUCAGCAACGAAUUCUAUUACAAGUGGUGCAUGAAGCCAUUGAAGAUGCUGGACUACGGCUUUACGAUCUGCAAAGGUGUCGAACGGGGGUCUUUGUCGGCGUGAUGAAUCUGGAUUACGCAGCAGCGGUGAUGUCAGAUCCAUCCAAUUACAAAGGUAUGGACCAGUUUUCCGCGACAGGAUGCACAUUAUCUAUUAUCGCCAACAGGGUGUCAUUCUGCUUAAAUCUAACCGGCCCAAGCUUGGUCGUUGAUACGGCAUGUUCUUCAUCGUUAACCGCCCUCAAAAUAGCCUGUGACAACCUGCACAAUGGAGAGUGCGAGAUAGCCAUCGUUUGUGCACCUAACGUUAUCCUCAGUCAUGCUAUGCAGAUGGCAUCCGGCUUGGGUGGUUUUCUUGCUCCGGAUGGACGCAGUAAAAGUUUUGACGUCUCUGGAGAUGGCUAUGGACGUGGAGAAGGUUUCGCAGCAGUCAUUUUGAAGCUGUCACAUGCAGCUGUGAAUGACAAAGAUGAUGAAUAUUGCGAGAUCCUCGCCUGUGGAAUGAACAGCGAUGGACAAAACGCCGUACCGAUGACAGCGCCAAGUGCAAAGAUGCAAGCUGAACUAUCCAGAAGAGUUCUAGAACAGUCAGGAGUGAGUCCUGAAGAUGUGGAUUUCUUCGAGGCACACGGCACUGGUACCGCAAUCGGUGACGUGGUAGAAGUUAAUUCGAUAGCUGAAACCUACACCAGGCUAACAACAAAGUCCACACAGAAGUUAAGGAUUGGUUCUGUGAAGUCAAACCUCAAUCAUACAGAAUCUACUUCUGGUCUUGCUGGACUAAUCAAGGUCGCUCUAAUGAUCAAAGAGAAGAAAUAUGUGCCAACUGUUAACAUAAAUGUGCUCAAUCCCAAACUUAAGCUGGAGGAAAACGGUUUUGUUGUUCAACAAACCACUGAACCAUGGAUAACAGAAAAAGGAAAACCCCGAAUAGCAGCCUUGAACUCGUUUGGUUUUGGUGGUUCAAAUGUGCAUCUCAUCCUUCGCGAAGUUCCUUCAGAGCAAUGCUCACAUGAAGAGAGCGUUUAUCGUCCAAAUAGUGUCUUCACCUUGUCAGCACGUUCAAAAGAAGCUCUACAGAAGUUGGCAAGACUUUAUUCAAAUUGGAUUAGUGAUAAUAAAGAAGAUAUGGAUGAGUCUUUCGUGGUAAACUUGUGCUAUUCUUUGAACGAACGCCGCAGCCAAUUCCCACACCGUUUGGCUCUUGCCUUUGGUUCCCCUUGUGAAGCAUCCAAGUCUCUGGCAUACUUCGCUGACGACUCCAUGGGUUGGGAUAAAUUGCUUUCCUACGCAGAGGUGAACUCCAAUGACGGCAAACUCGUUUUCAUGUUUGGUGGUCAGGGGUCUCAGUGGUAUGCUAUGGGAAGGCAGUUAAUUGAAUGUGAAGCUGUUUUCAGGGAAGCUGUCCUGACGGUGAGCAACAUACUAAAAUAUUUGGGUGUGAAAUGGUCUCUCAUAGAGGAGCUUAUGGCACCAGAAGACAUUUCACGAAUUGCAGAGAAUUGCAUUGCUCAACCGGCCACUUUUGCUGUCCAGUACGCGACGGCGCAGCUGUUGAAGUCGUGGAAAAUUCAUCCUUCCGCUGUCAUCGGACACAGUCUCGGAGAAUUUGCAGCUGCCUGUGUUGCUGGGGUCAUAACCGUCGAGGAAGCUGUUACACUGGUGCUGACUCGCUCCACUUUGCAAACUGGAUGUCCCGACAAUGGUGGUAUGGCGGCUCUUGGCAUGUCCGAAGAGGAGGCCAGGACAUUAUUGGUCAACCUGGAGUUAACUGAAACACUUGAGAUAGGCGCAGUCAAUGAUGCGAAAAGUGUGACUGUGUCUGGCGAAUCCCAAUCGAUCGAGACCCUGGGCCAAUAUCUAACAGCGCACGCAAAAGAUACUUUCUGGCGUGUUCUUGGAACAAGACGUGCAUUUCAUAGCGCACACAUGGAGCCCAUUAAGACGCCUUUUCAAGCGGCUAUGAAACACAUCAAGCUUAAACCUCAACUUUCCAAAAUUCCUGUGUACUCUACCGUUGAGGGCGACGUUCUCUCGGGUCAGAAGUUUAACGGCGAUUAUUGGUGGCGAAAUCUUCGCUGUCCGGUCCAAUUCUGCCAAGCCAUAAAGCAUGUUCUAAAGGAUGGUUACAAGCAGAUUAUUGAGAUUAGUACGCAGCCAAUUUUAGCCCACUAUGUCAAACAAAUUGCUCUUCAAGAAAACCUGGAUAAGCAGGAAAUUCCAGUUAUCGUGGCAACUCUUCCCCGAAAGAGAGUAUCUGUCAAAGACCAACACUGGUGCUUUCUUCAAAACACAGUUUGUAAACUGUAUACAAUGGGAUUUCCCAUAGAAUGGUCUUGUGUACAGAAGGAUCCAUCAGCCAGGUUUGUCCGUUCAGUGAACUCUCCAUGGCUGGAAAAGAGCUUUUGGUACAGAGAAAAUUCCUCUCAACCCAUGGUACCUCCAUUUGGUGCUGACAGAACUACAAAGAAGCAAGGUCAUCCAUUUCUGGGACAGGUGAAAAUGACCGAGCCGUAUUCAGGCCUGCAUUGCUGGGAGACUGAGAUUGACCUCCAUCGUUUCCCAACUCUAAAGGAUCAUGCUUUCAUUCAGGGAGGUGCUGUGAUGCCUGGAGCUGCCUACCUGGAAAUGGCUUUCGCUAUGGUGAAGGACAAAUUUGUAGAUGUUGCUUGUGUGGAACUUACUGAUUUGAAGCUCUUGAAUCUUCUUACCCUGCCAGAAACACAGGUUCGAUACUUGCGACUACGUCUUUUGAAGACCGACAAAAUUGAUGAGGCCCAGUUCCACAUUACAAGCUUACAGGAUGAACAGUCUGAAAUUAUUCUGAGCAGUGGGAACAUUUCUGUAGAUCUUUUGCACAAGCACAAGAAUCUCGAGGAAAAAGAUGUCCACAAAGUUAGCCCAACUAUAAAGGAGCUGACGACAAAGAUGAUGACCAUGACACUGGAGCGGUUCAGAGAAAUAUCAGAACAGUUGGGGUUUAACUAUGGGCCCACGUUCUCCAUCAUCAAAAAAAUAUGGCAGCGCGGCAACGAAGGACUUUGCUUGGUUGACAUCAGUGGACUACCGGCUGUUCAAGCAGAAGCAGAAAGUUAUGUUGUCCAUCCCUGCAUUUUAGACGCCUGCCUUCAAUCCUGUUUUAUUCCCGUUGGAAACACUGUGUUUGAAGACACCUCCUUUGUGCCGGUGUGUUUCAAGAGCAUUACUCUGAACGACGUGCCAUCUACCAACCAGCUGUACUGCCACGUCACUGCAGAUGUGACUACGUUUCGAAGAUUCGAUGUUACCCUCAUGAGUCCGUCAGGAAAAGUUUUUCUAACAAUAAAUGACUUUCUUGCUACAGAGUUGACCAGCACAGAACGUCGAUUUACCUUUGAUGACCUUGGCUACGAAGUCCAGUGGACCGAGGAAGUUUUGCAAAGGCAGAAGGAAACUGCGCGAAAUUCGACUUGCAUUGUCCUGAAAGAUUCCUCCAUCUUUUCAGAUGCACUUAUCACAAGACUUCAGGCCGCUAAGUUCAAUGUCAUCACAGUUGACCUGCCAAAUGCUAGAUGUUUUAACACAGAAGCAGAGGAAGAAAUUAAAGCAGCCCUUUCGGACAUACCAACAAGUCACUCUUCCAACCUCAGGGUUAUCAACACGUGGCCUGUGGAAAGUAAUCUUCUACCAAACAGUUUCGAUGUGAUAGACCAAGCUCAACGCCUCGCCUUCGCCAGUUCUGUAUUCUUACUUCAGCUGCUGAUAGAGAGGGAGUGUUUCAAUUCUCAACUUUUCCUGAUCACUGAAUGUACACAGCUGUUGAAUGCUUGUGACACUAACACCAUCCCGUGGAGUUCUACAGUCUGGGGUCUGCGGCGAACAGCACGCCUAGAAGAAUUUAAUGUCAGGAUUAACGCUGUUGACCUAAACAACAAAACGGAUUUGCUCGAAGUAGAUUCUUUGGUCCAGGAGAUUCUGGGUGACAGCAUGGAAGAAGAGGUGGCCUUUCGAGAUGGCAAACGCUUCAUAAAUCGCGUUGUGAGGACGAAACUUUCCCCAGAACAGCCAACAACCAAGCGAAUUGAAAGCAAGCAGAAGGGCUCGUUGUACUUGUCAAGUAUCCCUUCGUCAACAACGCUCUGCCUGCGUGAAAAGAGUCUUUCGAAGCUGUCCCCGUCUGAGCUCACACUCGAUCUGCUAUAUUGUUGGACACCCUCUGAAUCCCUGAUUGAUGUAGUCAAACCAAAUGGGUGCGUUUUCGUCGUUGGAAAGGUAACUGAUCUACCUAGAGGGAGCGAAAAUACCAAGUUACAGAUUGGAGAUGAGGUGUGUGGUGUUAUCGCCUCUGGACGGGUUUCCUCCUCCCUUGCCAUCAGCGUCAAUAACGUGUUUGUAAAACCAACCAGCUUAACAGAAGAGCAAGCGGCAUACAUCCCAGCGUGCCUCUCCAUAGCUUCUCAUGCCCUUCAAAGAGUGGUAUCAGGAGAAGAAACUCAGAAAUUGCUGAUACAUGAAGCGAAUCGUGGUCCCGGUCCAGCUGUAGUUGUCCUUGCAAAAGCAUUGGGUCACAGAGCAUUUUGCACCAUUCCCGACACUUGCCAAGCAUCUGAAAACGCUCGUCUCCUUGAAUUGGGUGCAGAAAGUGUUAUGCGCCAGAGUUCCUCUUAUCUCGAUGGUGAUUCUAGUUGGCUUUUUGACGCCGUCCUAUUUUUCUACCCACCUGCUCCAAAUGCUCUUCGAAAAAGUAGUCGGGUUCUCAAAGGAGGAGGAAGAGUUAUAAUCUUGAGCUCCGACUUUGCUGGCGACGUCGUAUUUACCGCAGCUACAAAUGUCAGAUAUGAGAGAGAGGACAUAGCAGGCAUUCUCAGGUCCCCCCAGGUUUACGAGAACCUCAGUUUAACAAGUCUGGAAUUUUUGCAAAGCAAAGGAGUCCUCCAGAAGCUUCUAGGAAUGCAGCUGGUCUCUGUGGACGUGGCAACAGCCAUUGAAGCUGCAAACGCAUCCCUUGAGAAACAGCCAUCUCCAAAAGAUCAAAUGAAAGGACCCUCAAGCCUUUCUUUUCUAAUUCACUCGUUUCAGCUAUGUGGGGAGGAGGCCGAGCGUAUCAAGAUUCCUGUCCUUCCAUGUGGAUUAGAUGAAUGUGGCUUGAAAGAAAACAGAACAUACUUGGUUGCUGGGGGGAUUCGAGGAUAUGGAUUUGAAGUGGCUCGCUGGAUGGUUGAGAAUGGUGCAAAGUGCGUGGGGCUUAUUGGCCGUUCAAAACCCUCAGACGCCAAAUGUCAAGAAGUGCGAGAGAUAGAAAGGAGGACUGGUGCAAAGAUUCACAUGUUCCAGAUUGAUAUAUCCAACCAAGAACAAAUGAAAACCUUUCGAGAAGAGCUCAAGACUCUUCCAAGUGUGGCUGGCAUCGUUGUCACUGCCAUGGUUCUGAAAGAUGAAUUUCUCAACGAUUUGACAUUUGAGAGCUUUACUGAUGCCAUGGCCCCUAAAAUAAAAGGUUCCUUCUUACUUCACCAAAUGAGCUUGGAAAUGAACUUGGAUUUCUUCGUCAUGUUUUCAUCCAUGGCUUCGAUCAUCGGCAACGUGGGACAAUGCUCCUACUCAGCUUGCAAUGCUUUUCAAGAUUCUCUUGCCCAAUACCGAAGACAGGUGCUCGGUCUACCCGGAUUGGCGAUAAACUGGGGACCAAUUAGUGGAGCGGGCGUGAUGGAACGAGAUUCCAGUGUCGCUAAAUUGAUGACUAUAGCAGGACUUGGUUUUAUACAUGCCAAAGAUGGAGCCAAACACAUGGCCAAAGUUCUUACUGAGGAACCCAGCCGCUUCCAAAUCGCCCUAUGCGGUGUGGACUGGCCUAGAUACAUAAAAAGUAUUAGCGGGCUGAAGAAGACGUCCCGAAUGUCUGUCAUUAGGGCAGAAAUCAAUGAUUCUGUCAGUCAGACCAGCUCGUCGGAGACCCUCGCACAACAAAUAACGCUGGAGAAGGAUGCAGAAAAGAGAGGCGAACUCGUCAGGGAGUACGUCGGCUUGGUAAUAAAAGAAUGGACGGGAAUUUCCUCGAGUUCUGAGGUCGAUCUUAACAACAGCUUGUACAACUACGGCAUCGACUCAGCUGGCGCUCUGACCUUGAAAAUGCAGUUUGAAUCCAAUUUGCAAGUUUCUUUUGAGGUUUUCUAUUUUAUGCAGCCUGAUACGACCGCACUUAAACUUGCAAGAGACAUCACUGCCAAGCUUAGUGGAGAGGCACCUAGUGAACAGCUUCAGAAUAACGAAGGCCAAGAAAAUGAAACUGCACAAACACAGCCAAUGGCGGAUACAUCGCCUUCAGCCAUCACGUCAGAGAGUCAAGUACAAGUGGUGCCGCUGUACACUCCUGCUUGCGCGGCUAUCAAGUUCUUCUGUGUACAUCCAUCGCACCGCUAUGCGUUGAAUCUAGUGCCGAUUUCUUCGGGAUUUCAAGGCCAGGAUUUGGUAUCCUUUUAUGCACUGGGAUUUACUGACCCAACGGUAGUGAGUGAAGACUGGGGUGGAGUACGUGAACUUGCUGCACAUUACGUUCAACUGAUAAGCAAGGAGCAGCGCCAUGGACCGUACUUUCUUGGCGGAUAUUCCUACGGAGGGCUUGUUGCGUACGAAAUGGCGUCCCUGUUGACAGAGCAGAACCAGAGGGUGGAGUUUGUGGCUAUGCUUGACACAUUUCCGUGGUAUCCCCAUUCACGGACCAUUACCAUGAGACUGGCUUCCAUGCAGGACAAUGCAACUUCAUCAACUCGACAGGUCAAGAUGUUUUUUGAAAAUUUUCUGGCAAAACUGGCAGUAGAUUCUCUAAAGAUGGAAGCAGACGAAUACAACCACUUGAGAAAGGAACAUAAUCUAGACUGGAUCAUAGAUGAACUACAGAGAAGGAGCCGUGAGAAAGGACUCCCUGACUACAGUUUGGGGGCCCUCAGAGAGGCACUUCUAAAGAACUUAAGUAUUGCCAAUAGAACAUUCGAAGAAUGGCAGCCCGCUCAGGUUCGUUAUCGAGGCCCUCUCACAUACAUUAGAAGCCAAGACGACCGCUUCUCGCCCAGGGUUUCCCCGUCAGAGAGUGUUGGCGAGAUAUGGGGCCAGUUGGUUGAUGGAGGUACAACGGUGCUCGUUUGUCCUGGUGACCAUUACUCUAUGAGUGAGCUACCUCAUGCUCACGUGACUGGUAGUAUCUUAGCAACAGCUCUCGCAUUCAACUACCGCAUGUUGUUCCCAGAAUUGCCCAGACCUUCAAGAACAUUCCAUCAAAGACGAGCUGUGGAAAAACUUUGCAGCGGCGUGAACGUGUUCCUUCAUUCAAAGAAAGGGAGCAGAAGGCCUCAUUUUGGAAAACUUCUUUUGGAGGAAGAUACUCACAAACUUGAGUUGAGGUCGAAGACUGACGAAGUAGAAACAGUUGAGAGCGAGAAAACCAAAGAGAUAAUUGACCUAAAAGACCUCUGUAUGGUGCAGCCAGGAAGACUCGUCUCCAGUGCCCAGAAGUAUGCUUGGCGCAAGCGAAGAGUCGGAGCUCAUCAAAGUGGGAACCUGGGACAAGUUGCGUCCGUCAUAACAGGCCGACGAGUUUACAACUUGGAAUUCACUGAUUAUUCCGAUCUCAAAGCGUUCUAUAACAUGAUAGAAGCUGUAUUUGCUGUGACUUUGUUAACCAGUUAGAAUUGCAGUGGUAAACAAUUGUCAUGUUUGAUCGGUUUUAUUAUACCAUUCCCAAAUUUCUGGGACAGAAAGUAGCUACUUUUCUCUCCACAUUUUUGAAACGUAAGAUACAAAUCAUUUGAUCGCAGCUAAUUUAUCACAAAACUGCAACGAGGGAUUAUAUUUAACAGGAAAAGCUAAGGCCGUACUGAAAUCAAAAACUAAUAAUUAUUAUGUAGGUUCCUGAUUGCUUCUUCGCCCGCGUAUUGAUAUUGGUAAUAGAACGUUUUCACUCACGUGACCAGCAGCCAAGCAAAUUUAUUGAGCGUGUUUACAUAGGAAAAGAGUUCAAUUCACACAGAAUUGGUUUGCUACACCAACAUAGCUGCUGUUUCAUUGUUUUGACCUAUAGCUGCCGUGACUUCAUGUGAAAAAACGAUGGCCUGCCAAUUAACUGCUGAAUUAAUGCAGUCAAGCAGGUAGUGGCCCCCGUCCUCACCACGCCGAAGGAAUUUGAAAACGCAGCUUUAUUUUCUUCGGUUAGGCCUACCGUCCACGCUAAUCCGUCACGAAA